CUACCUAAGCAUAUUAAUUUUGCAAAUUGAGGUUUUGGUUCUAAGUAUUUACCAAAAUACAUGCCUAUUGCCUAAUAAAAGUAAAUUCCUAACUAGCGCAACAAUUAAUACAGUUAUUAUACCAAAGCUUGCCGACUAUUUCAGUUGCGGUGAAUGUGCAUGUGCUUCGCUCAACCAACUGCUAGCUACCUGCAGCCUGUCUACUAAUCGCAGCGCAGGUGCCUGGUGAGUGCUGCCUACUUCGUGCUGUCACAGCUUCAAAAGGUUACCGUGAGUUAGCGGCUUUGAGUUUCUAUUGUAAUCUGUGCCUACCCAUUCAUUGUUGCCUCUAAAGUGUUAGGUAGUUUAUUCUUUUAACUAAAUUUGUACCUAAUUACAAAAAAUAUUGUGUUAGUGAGUUAUUCAAAAUGAGUGAAAGUGAAAAGUCAGAGAUUCAAGUUCCUAUUAGAAAACGUAGUGCCAUCAAAGGCCAAGUUACAAAAUUCUACAACUAUUUACAAGAGAUAUCUAAAAAUACUCCAAUUAGUAGCUUGCAGUCUAAAGAAAUUGUUUUAAAAAUAGAGAAAUUUCAAACUUUAUUAAGUACAUUUGAUACCUUGCAAACUGAAAUUGAAUUGAAUUGCUCAGAUUUAGAGGAACAGUUAGCUGAGAGAGAAUUAAUUGAAGAAAAUUUUCAUAAGUGUAUCGCAUUGGCUCAAGAAAUAAAUGAAUCAGCGAGUGUUUCAAAAACUGAACAUCAAAAGCAUGAGUCAGAAUAUGGUAGUGUAAAUAAUAGUCAAUGUAGUCAUAGGUUUAGUUCAGUAAAAUUGCCCACAAUAAAAAUGCCAUCUUUUGAUGGAAAUUACCUUAAAUGGCUGGAAUUUAGAGACACUUUUGACAGUUUAAUUAAUAGUAAUGAAAAUAUUCCUAACAUAAACAAGUUUCAUUAUUUAAGGUCAUCCUUAGAAGGAGGAGCACUAGUAGUUAUCAAAUCAAUAGAAUUCACAUCUAACAAUUAUAAAGUAGCAUGGGAUUUAGUUUGUCAAAGAUAUAAUAAUAAAAAUUUACUUAUAAAUAAUCAUUUAAAAGCAUUAUUUAAUAUAGAAGCCUUAACAAGAGAAUCUCACAAAGCUUUAAGAUUCUUAAUUGAUUUAGUUUCAAAAAACUUAAGAGCACUAAAUACUUUAGGGCAGCCAACAGAUAAAUGGGAUGCUUUAAUUAUUUAUAUGGUGUCCACAAAGCUAGAUAGCACCACUAGUAGAAAGUGGGAAGAAUUAAAAAAUGGGUUACCAGAAUUACCUACUUUAGAGCAAUUCAAUGAUUUCUUGCGUAACAGGGCAGAUGUUUUAGAAACAACACAAGUUCAAAAUAUAAGUAGGAAUGAUAAUUAUAAAUCACAAGGUCCUAGGGAGCAAAAGUAUUCUAAUUCUAAGUCUUUUGUUAGUUCAAUGAGUAACAACAAUUCUUACAAAAAGUCAUGUGAUAUUUGUCAUGAAAGUCAUCAUUUGCAUGCAUGUUCAAAGUUUAAUGAUAUGUCAACUGAAGCUAGGUUAGAUACAGCCUUAAAGUUGAAAUUAUGUCUCAACUGUUUGCGAAGUGGACAUACUGCAAAACAUUGCUUCCUAAAAGGUUCCUGUAAAUAUUGUAAUAAGAAACAUAACUCUUUGUUGCAUAAAGAUUCUACUGUAGGAUGUAGUAGUAGUAGUUCAAAUACAAAUAAUAAUAACUUACCUUCAAAUACUUUACCCACAACACUUUCAGCAGUCUCUGCAAGUCAGGUACUAUUAUGUACAGCUAUAGUGGAAAUUGUAAAUCCUGAAAAUAAUAUUUCUUACCGUGCUCGAGCUCUCCUUGACACAGGUAGUCAAUCAUCGUUUAUUACAAAUAAAUUCAAAAUAAAGCUAGGUCUACAGACACAAUGUUCAAACCCAAUACGUAUCGCUGGCAUUGGUAAUGUGCAGUGUGACAUUACAGAGAGGUGUAGUUUGAAAUUAUUUUCAUGUAUUGAUAAAUCAUUUAACUUAGAAAUGAUGUGUUUAGUAGUACCACAAAUAACUAGUAGUUUACCAACACUAAAAGUUGAUGUUAAAAGUUUAGGGCUGCCGGCUAACAUAAUCCUUGCAGACCCUGAGUUCCAUUGUCCCUCCGAUAUUGAUAUGUUAUUGGGGGCAGACGUUUUUUGGGAAAUAGUAGGUACCCAACAAAUAGGAUUGGGUAGACAUCGGCCUAUAUUACAAAGCUCUAAGUUAGGCUGGCUAGUAACUGGCCCUAUAGGAAUAGGACAGUCUAAUUUGUCACAUGAAAAUUCAUAUAUUAAUGUUUUAAAUUGUAGUAUUAUAAAGGAUGAUAUUCAUGAUUCAUUACAAAGAUUUUGGGAGGUAGAAGAAUUGCCUUCAAAUAAAAUAUCUUACACGCUUGAAGAACAAGCAUGUGAAAACAGUUUUAAACAAAAUACAAGUCGCUUGCCAAGUGGUAGGUUUUUAGUUAAAAUGCCACUGAAAGAAUCACCAGAGGAAGCAUUAGGUGAUUCAUAUAAUAUUGCCAAAAGGCGUUUUUUUAGUUUAGAAAACAAGUUAGAUAAGAAUCCUAAUAUUAAGAAACAAUAUGUAGAUUUUAUUAAAGAAUAUUUAGAUUUAGGUCAUUUGGAAGAAAUAGAGCGUCCAAGGUUCGGUAAUUAUUUACCUCAUCAUGCAGUAUUGCGUGAAAAAAGCGAAACAACAAAGUUAAGGGUAGUUUUUGAUGCCUCAGUAAAAACAACCUCUGGAAAAUCACUAAAUGAUAUCCAGAUGAUAGGUCCAGUAAUACAAAAUGAUUUAUUUAAUAUUAUGGUAAGGUUUCGUACUCACAAAUUUGUUUUAACCGGUGAUAUAGAGAAAAUGUAUAGACAAAUUUCUAUUGAUGAGUCACAACGUCAUUUACAAUUAAUUUUGUGGAGGGAAGAUACAUCUCUACCACUUAAAGUUUUACAAUUAAACACUGUAACAUAUGGGGCUAACAAUGAAUUGGGUAGAGUGCUUAAGUCUAGUCGCGAGGCUGUGACAGAGUAUGGCAGUACUGAAGGCAUUAGAUUUAAAUUUAGCCCUGCAUAUUCACCUCAUUUUGGGGGUAUUUGGGAAGCUGGGGUUAAAUCAUCCAAACAUCAUCUUAAGAGAAUAGCUGGCAACGCAGCCUUAACAUUUGAGGAACUUGCAACGUUGUUCACACAAAUAGAGGCUAUCCUAAAUUCCCGUCCCCUAUCUCCUCUCUCAUCCGACCCAACCGAUCUCCUACCCUUAACCCCUGGGCACUUCCUAAUCGGGCGGCCACUCAAGUCGGUGCCGUCCUUGCUAAUUGAAAAGUCUAGAGCUAACAGAUACGAGCGUAUAGAGCAGCUGCGGCAACAGUUUUGGGAGCGAUGGCGCCGAGAGUACCUCGCCGAACUCCAACAGAGGACCAAGUGGCGGAGACCAGACCGGGAACUCAAAGUAGGCGACUUGGUCAUCCUCAAAGAAGACAACCUACCUCCAUUAUGCUGGCGACUAGGCCGCAUAACCAAACUUUACCAAGGACCAGAUGGCGUCAGCAGAGUCGCCGACGUCCUCACAUCGAGAGGGACUAUCAAGAGGGCAGUCCACAAGUUUUGCAUCAUACCUGGAGAUGACAUCGACCCAAAUUCAACUGCUUGA